AUGGUCGAGCAGGCGAGAGUAUCUUGCAAUGCUUUAUCCAUAAGUACCCGUCCAAGCCCCGAUCUCAGGGUCCCCGGUCGCCCAGCUCGCGGUCGGGAGCGAAAAUGGAAUACCUCUCGGAAGGACUGCCCGUAUUGCGCCCGGUUCGGUCGACGAGCCCAACGUUGUGGGCACAACCCCCAGAUACAACCCAAACCGCGAACAGUCAGCUGGGAUGUAAUAGUGGGGAUUGACCUAUUGACUACUCACGGUGCCUACAUCGACGUACAACGAAAAGCGGUGUCAUUCACAUCAGCGAAGAAGAUCGAAUCCUGUACCCAGGUCGAGAUUGCAGUGGAGUCAUCUGAGGCAGCUGAUGCCAAUAAGAACAGUCAAGAGAAGCGUCCAGUGGGCCGCAAUCAUCUCGUGCCAUCUACCCAAAUGCAGUCCAAUUGGUUCGACAUUCUCCUGACACGCUCACAGGUAACGCCCGACCAAAGGACAUCGUUGAUACCGAUAUUAUCAGAAUAUGCUGAUGUUUUUGACGUGAAUUGCGCCGCCCCGGGCCGUACGAACUGGCUACAGCAUUCUAUUGACACCAGCAGUCACCGCCCUAUCCGCCAAUCCUGCCGCCGAGUCCCCAUCCACCAACAGGCCCAGUUGGAUAAAUGCUAG